GGGCGUGGCGAGGGCGGCCGAGGGGGCGCGGCCGGCCCCGAGUAUGUACUCCAGGUCGGGCGUAGCCUGGGGGCCGACUAGCGUUAGCUACGGAGAAGUGGGGGCGUCGGGCAACGUGGAGCAGGGCUGGAGGGAGCCAGGAAAGGGGGCGCGGACCCUGAUAGGGCAGAAUCUGGAAAGGGCAAAGCCCUGGCCGCCAGAAGGGCGAAGCGAGAUGGCACCUGAAGCGCAGGUCUCUCCCAGUACGAAAAAGAGCGUGCGGCUUUCUUUGCGCCCGCAGAGGGCCGGGAGCGGCGCCGCGGAAGGACGGGCUGCUAGGGCCUAUUCAGCAACUGAGAAAGUUAAACAGCUCAGGACUGGACUAGCCGCGACUGGGGCGGAGUGCGACGUCCGGGGACGCUGGGCAGCCCCGAGACCCGUAGAGCUCCGAACCAAGCCACUGGAAGAACUUUGCGCGCUUCGACCUGGUUCCCGUGAGUUGCAGACACCCGACACUACUGCCCGCUCCUCAGUAGUCUCUCUGGGUGAACUACCCAGUUGCCCUGAUGUUGAGGUUGAACUCUUGGAGUUCUGGAACAGGUAUACUGAGGGACGCACUAGGUCCCCUCCACCAUAUCUUAGUUUAAUGAAUAAUUUUUUCAAGACAGAGAAGCUAACAAAGACAGGGGUGAGGCUUAAAGAAAAGACUGUGCAGUUGAUGAAGCUAAACCAGGAAAUAAAACAAGCUCAAAUCCAGCAGGAACCACUAAAGGAGGACACCAGGCAGCUACGCAAGGAAAAGUCAACUGUCCAGGCUGAAAACAAAUUCUUUCUGAAAUACCUGACAGACAAAACUGAGGAGUAUAAAAGACAACCUGAGAAGCUAUGGAACAACUACUUACAAAAAAGUGAGGAGAUUGAACAAAGGAGACAAGAAUUGGCCUCCAGAUACGCAAAGCAGACUUCACAGCUUAAAACAGAGCUCUUGCAGAAGGAAAAGAUCCAGUACAAUUUGAAGCAGCAGUUGCAGGCACUGAGGGACAUUUCGGUAUUGAAAGAGAAACAGGAGACAGAAAUACAGGCAUUACAGGAGAAGAAAAAAAAAGUCCAAGCUGAGACAGCUACAAAGAAACAGCAAGCACAGGUCCAGCUUCUCCAGGAAAAAGCAUUAUUGGAGAAACAACUGAGUGAGCCAAAUGUGUGCCAGUUAGGAAAGAGAAAAGGGGAGCUGAAGAAGCAGCACCAUGCCUUGGAGUUGGCAGUCAAGCAGUAUUUUUUUCAGUUCUACAGCAGCAUUGGCAGAGAUAACCAAGAGUUACAGAAGGAAUUACUACAGCUAAUUCUGCAAUCCAAGAAGUUGGAAGCUACUCAAAGCCAGUUAAAAUAUCAGAAGCAGCUAUUACAGCAGGAACAGUGGUAUCUGGAUUGCUUAAGCAGAGGGAGGCAACGGCUGCAAGAAAGGAAUAACUGGUGCCUAAAAGAAUAGGGUGCUCUAGAGACCACACUGAACCGGGGCCCUCGGCACCAGAUCUAGGAUUGAUCCAGCACAAUUCCUGACAUAACAAUUAUGAACUGGAUCAAGAACUCUUAGGUAGAACAUAAACCUGGUAACUGAUGAACUUUAUCAUCCUUAUUCCUUCUGGCCAACUCAGUAGACAAAAGUAGUGUUUUUAAGCUCUUCUUCAAGUCCACAUCAGUGACCAGAUAGCUCCUAUAGUUUUCUCAUAGAUGAAAAGAAUACAAAAAACCCUCUGUUAACAGUAAGUCCAGUAAGCGCCAAAAGCAGGAUGACUUUUUAUCCAAUGCAAAGUCCCUAAAAUUUUAGCUUUGAGUAAAUUGAGAAUAUAAGGGAAGAUGUUUCUUCAAAGAAUAACUAGUAGUGAUUGAAUGUCUCUGCUUAUUUAGGAAAAUAUAUUUUCAAGUAUCUGGACAAUAAGUAUCUUUAGCACAUGAAGUAUCUUUCGUAAUGUGUGCCGUAUAUUUAUGCCCACAUAAUAGAUAUAGAAAUAGUAUCUUAUACUAGUACAGACUUUUUAAAAGUUGUAAUUUUUAUAUUUAUGACAUAUGGAGGUUAGACUAGUGCUUUAUUUAAAUGCUGCUCUUCCCUGGGAAAACUUGGUUAACUGUAUUUUUCAGAAGUUGUUAGUGAUGAAAACUUUAAAAUUAUUCUCUGAAUUUUUAAUUUUAUAUAUAAAAUGGAUUCUCCUUCAAUAUGCCUUUGACUUCUAGUUUUAAUAAUUUGUUAAAUAUCAGUUUUGUCACUAAAUAAUAAAAACCUACUUAUG